UAUUCUUAACACCCAUAGAUUCGGCUCUUGACAAAACCGCAGCGCAGUCCACACUUGCUCUUCGCAAAUCGCAAAACCUAUUCAAACCAAAACCGUCUGUCUCUCUCUCUCUCUGCUCCUACAUCCAUGUCGUCCUCUGAACCCCAGCUACCAAAACCACAACCAGAACAGCCACAAGAAGAAGAAGAUGAAUCCUCCAAACCUCAGAGCAAGAAAGCCGCCAAGAAAGAAGCCGCGAAGCUUGAGAAGCUAAAGCGCCGCCAGGAAGCCGCCGUGGCCUCCGGCGUUCAGUCGCUUUCGAUGGAGGAUCCGCUCGCCGACAAUUACGGCGACGUUCCGCUUUUGGACCUCCAGUCGAAGGUCGCUCCCGGUACCAGGGUCUGGACCAAGAUCGGCAAGCUGGCUGAGCCGUUGAAGGACCAGUACGUGCUGGUGCGGGGUCGCGCGCAGCGGAUCCGCGCCAAAGGGAAGACCGCCUUCGUGGUUUUGAGGAAGAAAGGAUUCACUGUGCAGUGCGUCCUCACGGAGCAGGACGGCGUCAUUAGCCGCCCAAUGCUGAAGUACGCCGCCGGGCUCACCCGCGAGUCGAUCGUCGAUGUUGAAGGCGUGGUCUCCGUCCCUGGAAUAACGAUUAACAGUACCACUCAGCAGGUUGAAAUUCAAGUUCGAAAGAUUUUCUGUGUUGACAAAGCUAUGCCAACCUUACCCAUCAAUGUUGAAGAUGCUGCUCGUAGUGAUGUUGAAAUUGAAAAAGCUUUGCAGAAUGGAGAGCAGCUUGUUCGGGUUAACCAAGAUACUCGUUUGAACUAUAGAGUUCUUGACUUUCGAACGCCUGCUAAUCAAGCAAUUUUUCGCAUUCAGGGUCAAGUUGGGAAUGUGUUUAGACAAUUCUUGUUAUCGGAGGAUUUUGUUGAAAUCCACACGCCAAAACUAAUAGCUGGCUCAAGUGAAGGUGGUGCUUCUGUCUUUAAACUGGACUACAAGGGGAAACCUGCAUGCCUAGCUCAAUCACCUCAGCUUCACAAGCAAAUGGCAAUUUGUGGUGAUUUUGAACGUGUGUUUGAGAUUGGCCCUGUUUUCAGAGCAGAGGACUCCUUCACUCAUCGACAUUUGUGUGAGUUUACAGGUCUUGAUGUUGAGAUGGAAAUCAAUGAGCAUUAUUUUGAGGUUAUGGAUGUUGUGGACCGCUUAUUUGUUGCAAUGUUUGAUUCCUUGAACAAUAAUUUUGCGAAGGAGCUAGAAGCAGUGAGGAGGCAAUAUCCAUUUGAGCCUCUGAAGUACCUGCGACAGACCCUAAGGCUGACAUUUGAGGAAGGUAUCCAAAUGCUCAAGGAUGCUGGUGUAGAAGUUGACCCUCUUGGGGACCUAAAUACUGAGGCAGAAAGAAAGUUGGGACAACUUGUUCUAGAGAAGUAUGACACUGAGUUCUACAUCCUCCACCGUUAUCCUUUGGCAGUGAGACCAUUUUAUACAAUGCCUUGCUACGAUAAUCCAACUUACAGUAACUCAUUUGAUGUCUUCAUUCGAGGUGAGGAGAUAAUUUCAGGAGCUCAGCGUGUACAUAAAGCAGAUUUCUUGGCUGAGCGUGCACAGGCAUUAGGAAUUGAUGUCCAGUCAAUAUCAACAUAUGUUGAUUCUUUCCGAUAUGGUGCACCUCCACAUGGUGGGUUUGGUGUAGGAUUGGAGCGUGUGGUGAUGCUUUUCUGUGGUUUGAAUAACAUUCGGAAAACAUCCCUUUUCCCUCGUGACCCACUUAGGAUCGCUCCAUGACGGAAUAUUUCAGCAGUCAUCGACACUCCGAUUCUCUUUUUUAUUCUCCAAAAUUUCAUGCUUUAGAACUGUUGAGAAAUUUAUAUGAGUUCCUGACAAAGGGGGAAUAUUUCUUUUUGGCUCUUUCAAAGCAUGUGAAGCAAUGACAAAUUCCUAUAAAUUGUUACUACUUUUUAUUGCCUUUAUUUGCUGCUA